AUGGGGUGUUUAGAUAAUCCAAGAGGUUAGAUCAUCUUUGAGAUAAUUAUAUCUUUAUUUGUGUUGGUAAUUCUCUUGGCUGGUUCAAUAACAUUCGUUGUAAUAUAAGAUUAUGAAUUAGCUUUUUAAAUUGGAAGUAUAGUCCUUUUGUAUACUUCUUCUUCAGCAUUAUCUCUUAUUUAUAGAGCGAGAUCGAUCAAUUUAAUAACUCAUGAAAAUUUAAGAAAAUUAAAGUUCUCUAUUUACUUUUUAACAUUCCUUUAGGUUGUCUGUUUAUUGUUUUUCGUAGUCAUUAUUAGUUACUGCUCAGUAGAAUUAAUCUUUUCUCUUAAUAUAUGGAAUGAAUUCAAUGAUAUCAUUCUCUAAAAUAAUUUCUCAGGAAAUCUUACCUUCUAUUGGAUUUUUUUGCCUAUACAUUUAUACUACAUGAUAAUUACAAUAAAAUUAAAGAAGCUCUUAAAUUCGCAAGUAGGUUAAAUGAACUCACCUCUACUUAGUGAGAACUAAAUCGAUGGCUAAGUUUAUAUCAAAACAGAAAGCGUUUUAAGCAUGGAUGUUCCUAACGAGUUCAAGUAUGACAACACUUGCUCUAUAUGUUAAGAAGAUAUCUAGAGUGGUAAAAUAGUUUCAUUCGAAUGUAAUCACAUUUUUCAUAGCUAAUGUAUCCGCUAAUGGUUAAAAACUAAGAAGAAUACAUGUCCUAACUGCAGAGUAUCAAUUAGUAUCUCCCUUAGAUAAUCAAAUGUAGAAACUUUUGUUUAGCAAAGCCUGUAAAAUAACAGUGAAAUUUAAAAUAUUUAAAUCUAGUCUUAAUAAUGA